AUGGCAGCAAAAUUCUGCACAGCAUCUAUAGAAACCGUGGAUGAAAUGGACGAUUAUGAAGGCUUCCUUCUCGGCCGUGGAUCGCGACAGACACUCGCCCCUAAAACCGAAAGACCGGGCAACAGAAACGAAGAUGAGAUCAACGAAAAAGGCAAAAAAUGCGGCAACCACAAUAUGAGCCAGUGGGACCGCAUGGACAGCGCACUCGUGCACGCAGAAGGUUUAUUCUACUCCGAACUAGGUCUGUUCUUCAUACAGUCGCCCGGCCGUGCCUCGCAUGUCGGCUGCGUUUUCCGACCAAGGGUUGAAGCAAAACCGCCAGUCCUAGGCCAGGAGCGCCCACUCGUGCUGGGCGACUUCUUGGCGCAUGUCAAACUGGUCGACGAGCCCGAUUCCAUCAUACCGGAGAUUUCCACGCUCCCUCAGCUGCGGGCGCAUAUGGAGGUGAAGCCCAUACUAUAUGCUGCUUUUUCCGCCACCCCUGGCCUAAAGCAUAGCCAGGAGCGAUUUAUUAUGAUUGCAAUUGUAACUCCACUCACCAGAGGUCGCCUGCUGGAGGACUUUUCCGACACGACUACUAUAUGUAUUCCGGGCUAAGCUAUCUGGCCCAGUCUCAUAGUUGAGGGAAAGUUCCUCAAUAUGACGACUGUAUAUGCCGGGC